AUAGAAUAUUUUCGAAAAAUACUGUUAUCCUUGCAAGGACAGGGUGCUGGUGUACUGAAAACAGGAGAACAAAAAGUACCCAAAGUGUUUUGGCUCUAUUUUUUUUAGAUUUGUAUUACUUGUUAAACAAAAUCUAUUUCUUUAUGCUAUUGUGUUAGUAUAAUUAGUCAUUUUUUUAAUAGGUUUUGUAUAAUAUAUAUUUUUGCUCCUCUUUAUCAAGGGUGCUGGUAAUUAUGGACGUAUGUAAUGUUAACAUAUGUGCAUGUAAUUGAUGUGCAUUUCAGACAAUAAUGCUAGAUACAGCAGAUACAAGAGGUUAUACAACAAGGUCCUUUUUCUGUCUUUAUUUAAUUGGAAAUGUAGACUCAUUAACAUCCAUAGAAUUGUUAGAAUGUCGACUAUAGCAAAAAAAAUCAUAAAAUAUCACAGCUCUGUUAUACCAAACGUGAGGAUAAAGCUACUCAUUAUGCAAGUCCUGUUGAAUGAAAAUGAUUACUUCAGUUGUCUUGGGACUGCACAUGCACAGCGAUAACAGAAAGGCUCUUUAUGUGAGGUAAGAAAAUGAACAUUUUGAAGUCGAUGUAAAUGAACUUAUCUAUUUUGAUAAAGACCAUGAAUAACACUUGUUCCUUUCUUUUUCACUCUGUCACGCAAAACAAAUGGUUAGGAGAGUUUGUUACAUAACAGCAUGGAAAGGCAACAUACUGUUUUAUAGUAUCAGCGUUGGACCUGGUUUCUAACAAUUAGAGGUUUUCUUUAGAAUACGUCAUAGCACGUAAACAGUCAAAUUACUAACAUACAACAUGGGUCAUAAUUUGGUAUGACAAAUUAUUGACACUUCAUUAAGAGCAGGUGUAACUUUACCAGCUGCUUUUGAAGUCACUGCCAGUAUUGCUAUUUUUAACUCGAAGUCCUAGUACCACCUGCCUCUUCCCAUGGCCAGACCACAGUGUUGUAAAUAAUCAAUUCUGAUAACAGUAUGGAGGCACCAUUUGGAGGCAUGAGUGAGGAAGGUUAUAAGAGUUCACUGUCUCUGUUCCAUCCCUUCUGUGGAUGAGACUGACUUCUGUCAACAUGACUACCCCUCUGUUCACCGCUCUGUCCUUCCUGGCUGUGUUGGCCCUUGGGUCAUGUCUACCUACCUUGCCUGAGGAGCAGCCCUAUGUGGAGCAUGCUGGUAUUCAAUACAGCGCUAGGCCUUACACCUCCCUCCUCACCGUGCACAAUGGAGAGCAGUUUGGGAACUGGACCUGGCCCGAGAUGUGUCCCGACAAGUUCUUUGCCGUUGGGUUCAUGCUCCGGGUGGAGUCCGAACAGUACGGUCUGGACGACACUGCUCUGAAUGGCAUUCGCUUGAUCUGCGCUAAGGACGAAGAUAGGAGCUUCUUGUACACCAUUGAGUCUCACACUGGAUUCUUUGGUGACUGGUCGGACCCUCAGUAUUGCCUCAGGGGUGUGCUGACUUCCUUCCAGCUGCGUGUGGAGCCCCACCAGGGUAUGUUCGGUGACGACACAGCCGCCAACAACAUCAGGUUCCGCUGCAGCAGCAACCCCACCCUCACAGGCGCCGGCCUGGACUACGGCGAGUACAGCCUCUGGAGCCAGGAUUGUGGCGAUGGAGGAAUCUGUGGCAUCGAGACCAAGAUGGAGGAAUACCAGUACGGUCUGGAUGACUCAUCUCUCAAUGACGUGCGCUUCCACUGUUGCGCCAAACUCCAGCAGGUGAGAAGAUGGUUGUGA